AGAUAACGACCGAUAUUAUCGAUGCCGACCCGCAAGAGGAGUUGCAGAACCAAAUAAGAGUUGCAAGUCGACAAUGUGACGUUGCCACCGGCUCCCGCCCAAACGAUUCGCCGCCAUUUUGAUUUAGCAUAGACAAUCUGUGUUGCCAUAAUUCCAAGAUGGCGCUGCUGUACAUUCUUCUGGCUGUAGCCUCGUCGACGCUGGCGCAGUCCAACUACGACCAGCAGGCCAACAGCAUCCUCUACCAGGGCGAGGGGCUGCCUGAACAAACUAUAUUGGACGGCAAGGUCACAAAGCUGGACGACCUGAGCCCCGUUAUCUUCUUGAACCGGACGAAGGCGGCUCUGAACUGCGCUGCUGGAUCCAUGCAGAUUGAAUUAAAAUUCAACGAGAAAUUCUACGGCAUCGCGUAUGCGGACUUCGACCGUCACUCGGCUUGCCAGGUGGUCGGCAAGGGCGCGACGUCGUACAAGCUAGAGCUGCCUCUGAAGGGAUGUGGGACCAGACAGGAUCCCCUCCGCGUGUUCACCAACAACAUCGUGGUCCGGUUCCACCCGGGCCUGGAGAUGGAUGGGGACGAGGUCAUCACCAUCGUCUGCAGAUAUCCGCCGCCGAUCGUCCCGCCGCCCCCGAUCUCCGAACCCUUCAUCAAUGAACCUGAUAAGCCACUGCCAGCCGCGGCGCCGCUCGCCGGCACCCACAUCCUCAUGAUCAUCUGCGCCAUCUUGUUCCUAACCCUUCUACUGCUGGGUCUGGGCGUGUCCUACCUGUGCUUGAGGAGGCGCGCGCUGCCCGCGCCGAGGAGGUUGAUCGAUGACUCCUCUGCUUCUAUCGUUAGCAGAGAAAGUAUACAAGAGGUGAAAAUCCCCCGCGCCCACCCCGUCUACCCGCUCGCCGCGGAGGCCGAAAGCGCCAGCGUGGCCUCGGACACGAUACCCUCUGACUACCCGUCGGAGACCCCGAGCGAGGCCGAACACGCGCACACCAACCAGGCGUUCAUGAUUGACGAGUACCAUAGCGAAGGUUACGGCGAAACGCACGAAACGAUCACAUCUAACGGGCGCUUGCACGCAGCGCCGGCGUUCGACGUGCGCGUGCGCGUGCAGCGGCCACCCGCACCACCGUCCCCGCCCUCGACCCUGACGCCCACGGAGACCGACGGCGGCAGCGUCAGGCAAACCAUGAUACUAGAGGAACAUGAACGCCAAGAGUCCGUCCGCACGGUGUCGCCCAUAGCGUUGCCUCUGCCCGCGCGUCAAGCGCACCUGCCCCCGCCCGCGCGCCCGCCCCGCCCCGCGCAGCUCUACUCGCAGGUCAGCAGGGAGCGACAGGAAUGGUCUCGGCGGCCGCGCUCCAUCGUGUCCCUCAACACGGAGAUGACAGACACGCACUCGGUGACAGAGGUCACUGACCGGUCGCAUGCGAGGAUGUUCCACAUCAAGAAGCCGCCGCCACCGCCACCAGUGAUGAGCGAGCGUCUGGAGACGGAGGAACAUGAGGUCCUGAUGGAGAGCCUUGAACCCAUUCCUGAGACGCCUAUCCUUCCAGCCAGGAAACCGGAGAUCACGUCGCACGUGGUCGACGACGUGUUCCUGCGCACGAUCACCGAGAAGAAGACGAUUGAGGACAUCGAGCGGCACAAGAGGCUGGUCACUGAAUACAAACAGGUGCCUCCGCCGCCCCCGCAGUUCGACGUCACGAUCCGCAACCACACGCUGCCGGAGGCGCAAUGGGAGAACUUCUCCGACAUCAGCAGCGCCUCGGGCAUGACGCUCACGCCGAAGAUGGAACGCGUGCCUUUGUCACUGCCGCCGCAGAAAUAUAUCGGCAAAGGCGGCCCCGACCUCUUCUCCCCCGAACUCAUCAAGCAAUCUCAGUACCAGCCUUCCAACCUGCCGCUUCUGCCCGAGCUGCCACCAGCCCGCAACCCGCUGUAUCGUGAUGAUGACGAAGAUGUGCCGGAGCCGGUUCCAGUACCCCCUGUUCCUCAGAACUGGAGUGUCCUGACUAGGGUGCUUAGCACUGAGGCGCAAGACGAGGUCCUCCAAGAGUCGGAGCGCGUGCACCGCCUCACCCGCGAGGAGCGCCUGCGCUGGCGCGAGCUCAUCACCCACGAGUCCACGCUGCGCCGCGAGCUGGCCCGCUCCUCCACCCGCGAGGAGUUCACCAGGGUGGCCCACGACCAUCGCUUCGCGCCGCUGUACACCCCGCAUAAGUGGGAGGUCAUCAUACGGAUUCUGGCGCCUCCUCCAGAAAAACCCAAGAACCGCUACCGCAAAAAGAGCGAGUGGGACUCGCGUUCGCGGCGCAGCUCUCUGCCCACGCUUUAUGAGUACGACAGCGACGCCACCUCCCUCCGCGAGCCGGGCCGCUCCCGGCGCUCCUCGUACCGCAGCGACCACGUCGACAUGAGGUCCAUGUCGGAGAUGAUGGUGGACUAUGCACGGGAGGAAGCUGACAGCCAUUCUGAAGUGUCCGCCGGCACACAGCUGGGCCGGUACUACGACGAUGAUAGCGACUCCGAGCAUCCCUUCCAUCAGAACCAGCCCUGGUCUCGUCACUCUCUUCAUCGAUCCGUGAGUCAGCCUUCCCUCGCCCGCUCGGCGACGGAGGUGGUGGAACAGUGGACCGCCCCGGAAGGCGACGUCACGCCCAAGCCAGGCCGUCGCGUUAGAGGUCCAGAAGGCUUGACAACAUUUACUUCAUCCGAAGUUCGCACGUUCCAAGCUUCCAGGGAAUGGCGGGAGUAAAGGAACUUUAAAAAGGCCCAAAUUGUCCGUUAGGCGCCCACCAGAGUUGCCAUAAGAAUAUUUAAAUAUUUGUAGACUGAAAACAUUAUGGAAAGUUGUG